UGCUGCGUGGCUGCAUUUCUGCAUCUCAGUGGAAUAAUUCUAAUCUCACGUGCAGACUUAACAUAUCCCGCCAACCAUCUUUCAGUUCCAUCAUUAUGAACGAAAGGAGGAACAUUACACACAGAAACUCUAGGUGUCGGAGUGAGAACAUCUCCACGCUGAUGCUGGACCACACGGAGGCGGUUUUCCCCCCGCGCGCUGCAGGAGGAUGUGAUGUGAGCGCGAGGAGCAGGUUGAUGCGCUGAAGCCGGUGGUGAGAUUUCAGUCUGAUCUACACACACAUCCCGGUUUAGAUCGGUGUCUGGAGCAACCUGGGACAUUUCCGUUAUAAUCAGGAUCUCUCUCUCUCUCUCUCUCUCUCUCUCUCUCUCUCUGUGUGUGUGUGCACGUGAAGGAGGACUUUACCGCACGAGGCUCCGGAGAUGUUCGGCGUGUGUGUGUGAGAUUCCGGCACAUGGAGCUCUGUAGAGCGGAACAUCCUCCGACUGUCAGCGGCUUUUCAGGCUCCAACCGCAGAGGGACGUCCAGCUGCAGCGCCGCACACCGAGCCCCUGCUGGACAAAGCCUCCGCUCGGACAACGAGCCCCAGGAUGGGCACAAAGCGGGAGCCAGUGCGGGGAAACGUGCGGGUUUCCACACAGAAGAGCGGAGAAAGCGCGGGAAUGAUCCACGGAUAAAGUGCGCUUGUGAUAACGGAGUGUUUUUCACAGAGACAGAGAGAGAAAGUUGAAGAGACAGAAAGAAGAGACGCUGCCGAGGGAGACGCUGUUUAUAGCUGCUGUAGUUGAGUUAAAGCGGCGAUGGGGAUCGAGGAUCUGAGCGUGAGGAACGGACGCGCGGUGUCGGACCGGUGGGCCGACAGCGUGGUGGUGCGACCCCGGACCCCCGAGCGCCACGUCGCCGUGCACAAGAGGCUCGUGCUGGCCUUCGCCGUCUCCAUCCUCACGCUCGUGGUGGUGACGGCCGUCGCCGUGACGCUGGCCCUCAGCUUCGAGAAAUGCGGCGGCGGCGGCGAGGACGCGGUGCCGCCCGGUACCGGCUCCAACCGGUCGCGAGACAGAAGUGGCGAACAGAAAGGCGGAGACGUGCAGCCGUGGCGGCGUUUACGCUUACCGUCGGCACUGCGGCCGCGCCACUACGACCUCCGGCUCUCCGUCUACAUGCACAACUUCACCUUCUCCGGGGAGGUGAGCAUCGAGCUCCAGUGUGUGAACGCCACCAAGUUCAUCGUGCUGCACGCCGACAGCCUGCACGUGGAGAAGGUGGCCGUGUACUCGGACGGUAAGAGACCCGGCGCCAUGAGGAUCCACCGCCACUUCCGGUACCCGCACAACCAGGUGUACGUCGUCGCUCUGCACCGGGAAAUGAAGCCGCUCAGAACGUAUAAGAUCAACAUGACCUUCCAGGCUCGGAUCCAGAACCAGCUGCUGGGGUUCUUCCGGACCUCCUACGUGCUGCACGGAGAGAGAAGGUACGCGGCCGUGACUCAGUUCUCUCCGACUCACGCGAGGAAAGCGUUCCCGUGUUUCGACGAGCCCGUCUACAAAGCCACCUUCGGCGUGACACUGAGGCACGACGCCUCCUACCAGUCCAUCUCCAACAUGCCCAUCGAGUCGUCCGGCCUGGACGAGGACGGCCGGCUCGCCAAUCGGUUCUCCAGGACGCCUCGCAUGUCCACUUAUUACGUGUCCUGGGCCGUGUGUGACUUCGGCUCCCGGGAGACGACGACACGCGGCGGAGUGACGAUACGACUGUUUGCUCGGCUCGAUGCCAUUCAGAGCGGAUCGGGAGAUUACGCCCUGCACAUCACCAAGAGCCUCCUCGACUUCUAUCAGGAUUACUUCAGAGUCACAUACCCCCUGCCCAAACUAGAUCUCCUAGCUGUGCCGAAGCACCCGUAUGCGGCGAUGGAGAACUGGGGCCUGAGUGUGUUUGUUGAGCAGAAAAUACUGCUGGAUCCUGAAGUCUCGUCUUUCUCCUACCAGAUGGAUCUCACCAUGGUGGUGGUGCAUGAGAUCUGUCAUCAGUGGUUCGGAGACCUGGUCACUCCAGUGUGGUGGGAUGACGUGUGGAUUAAAGAGGGAUUUGCUCAUUACUUCGAGUACGUGGGGAGCGACUUCCUCUUCCCAAAAUGGAACAUGAAACAGAGGUUCCUGACCGACGUUCUUCAUGAAGUCAUGCUGCUGGACGGUAUGGCGACGUCUCAUCCCGUCUCACAGGAGCUUUUCCACGUCGCCGACAUCCACCGAGUUUUCGACUGGAUCUCCUACAAAAAGGGAGCUGCACUGAUUCGCAUGUUGGCCAACGUCAUGGGACAAACCGCGUUUCAGAGAGGCAUCAAUGAUUAUUUAGUGACGCACGAGUACGGUAACACGGCAAGGGACGACUUGUGGAACUCAUUUUCACAGGCCUUGCAGAGGGAAGGGAAGGUCAUCAACAUAAAGGAGGUGAUGGACGGCUGGACUGUACAGAUGGGCUACCCCGUGGUCACCGUCAGCAAGAACGAGAGCCCGGAGAACACCGUCACCAUCAGCCAGGAGCACUUCCUCUACGACACGGACGCCAGAUCUCUUCUCUCACUGUACUGGAUCUCUCCUCUUACUGUACUGGAUCUCUUCUCUUACUGUACUGGAUCUCUUCUCUUACUGUACUGGAUCUCUUCUCGUACUGAGACGCACCGAGUGGGACGUAUAGGCGAGGAGACGUGGUUGCUGGGCAACAUCAAUCAGACGGGCUACUUCAGGGUGAACUACGACCUCCACAACUGGAGACUCCUGAUCCAGCAGCUGAUGAUCAACCCCACAAUCAUCUCUGUGGGGAAUCGUGCUGGUCUGAUGGAUGACUCCUUCAGCCUGGCCAGAGCCGGCUAUCUCCCUCAGAACCUCCCACUGCAGAUCAUCUGUUAUCUGUCCAAGGAGGACGAGUUCCUGCCCUGGCAUGCUGCGAGCAGAGCGCUGUACCAGCUGGACAAACUGCUGGACCGCACCGAGGACUACAGCCUCUUUAGUAGUUAUGUGUUGAAGCAGGUGGAACUGAAGUAUCAUAAGCUGGACUGGCCAAAGGUGAAAGCGGGCGACUCCUUCAAGCAGGCCACCUAUCAUACCGAUGAGCUCCAGAGGGAGGUGAUCAUGUUGGCCUGCAGUUUUGGGAAUAAACACUGUCACCGUCAGGCCAUGUCACUCGUCUCUGAGUGGAUCUCCAGCAACAAGAACAGGAUUCCCCCCAGCAUCCGUGACGUGGUGUACUGCACGGGCGUGUCUCUGAUGGACGAGGACGUGUGGGACUUCAUGUGGAUGAAGUUUCAGUCCUCCAGCGCCGUCUCGGAGAAGAAGGUCCUGCUGGAGGCCCUGACCUGCAGCGACAACACCUUCCUGCUCCACAGACUGCUGAACGCGUCUCUAAACUCGGACCUGGUGCCGGAUCAAGACGUGAUCGACGUCAUCGUCCACGUCGGCCGCAACCCACACGCACGCCAUUUAGCCUGGAGAUAUUUCAGGGAGAAGUGGGACGAGCUGAACUCCAGGUUCGGCGAGGCUUUAUUUCUAAACUCCAAAUUAAUCAGCGGAGUGACGGAGUUCCUCAACACGCAGAGAGAACUCGAUGAGCUGAAGGACUUCCUCCAGACGAGCGCCGCUGGAGCUUCCGCGUCUGCGUUCUCCCGAGCGCUGGAGGUCGUCCGGGCCAACGUGAAAUGGCACCAGCUUUACAGAGAGCGCUUCUUCCAGUGGCUGAGGAAAUCCAGCGACGGAUAAAGAUCCAGCUGCUGCUGACGUCUCGGCGUGGAGCCUCCGUCACACGUUUAUCCUUCACCCAUUAACCAGGAGAGCGGAGAAGAGCAACGAGAGCAGACGCCAUUUUACACCCCGAACAUCUGGAAACACGGUGCCUUCUGUUUCCUUCCUAGAAGGAGGAGGAGGAAGUGGACAGGACUUGCAUGAUGCGCUUUGUAUAUGUGUGUGUGUGAGAGAGAGAGAGAGAGAGAGAGAGAGAGAGAGAUAUUGAGUGUGUGUGUGUAUGUGUGUGUGUGUGUGUGUGUGUGUGUGUGAGACGGAGAGAGAGAGAUAAUGAGUAUGUAUGUGCAUAUGUGUGUGUGUGUGUGUGUGUGAGAGAGAGCGAGAGAGAGAGAUAAUGAGUAUGUAUGUGCAUAUGUGUGUGUGUGUGUGUGUGUGAGAGAGAGAGAGAGAGAGAGAGAGAGAUAAUGAGUAUGUAUGUGUAUGUGUGUGUGUGUGUGUGUGUGUGUGUGUGUGUGUGUGUAAGCUUUUAUUCAUUUAUAUGUGCAAGUGUGUGUGAUUUUGUGUUCGUGUGUAUGCGUGUGUGUGUGUGUGUAUGUGUAUGCGCGUGUGUGUGUGUAUGUGUAUGCUUGUGUGUGUAUGUGUGUGUAUGUAUGUAUGUGUAUGCGUGUGUAUGUAUGCGUGUGUAUGUGUGAGUGUGUAUGUAUGUAUGUGUAUGUGUGUGUGUGUGUGUGUGUGUAUGUAUGCAUGUGUAUGUGUGUAUGUAUGUAUGUAUGUGUGUGUGUGUGUGUAUGUAUGUAUGUGUGUGUGUGUGUGUGUGUGUGUGUGUGUGUGUGUGUAUGUAUGUAUGUGUGUAUGCGUGUGUGUGUGUGUGUGUGUGUGUGUGUGUGUGGAGAAUAAGAAUCUUAUUUUUAUAAUAAACCUACAGUCUGUAAUGUAGUAUCAGUUGUGUUGUAUUUUCGUCUGGUUAUGUAAUCACACACACACACACACACACACACACACACACACACACACUCACCCACACACAGGAGCUACACCACCCAGCCAUGACAUUUACAGUGGACCAGCCAAUUCUUCUGUUUACAUUUAUUAAUAAAAACAUAAUAUUUCAUCAUUAAAGCUGCGAUUUUCGGGGGCCAAGCACCCAGACUCACUGAGACGCACAUUCACAGAUGUGCUCCAGUUGUUGCCUGAACAAUCACAGUAAUGCAGAGCCGUAACUUUAGUCGAAGAGAUCCGAGAGAGACGUGUAUGUUCGGACGCCGGACAGCGGUGGAAUUCUCCGACUGUAGGAGUUGAGGUCCGGAUGAACGGAUGUGCAGCGGGGUGGCAUUGCUGCUGAAGCUUCCGCCACUUCUGUGACCCGAGGUGUUGUCUGCUUCCACUUUGACCUGUACUUGUGAUUCUCUGACCUGAAUUUAAAAACAUCAAAGCUAUAUAAACGGUUCUAUGGGCUGCCAUAAACAACCUGUCCUGAAGAAACAGAAGAAGAAAAGGUAGAAUAACUAUGCACCUUUAGUGCUUGGCCCCCUAAUUAACCGUAACCCCACUUCAUCACGCCCCCCUGUGGUUGAUUAUUUUCCUGUACCGCCACCACACGCGGUUUCACUCCGUACGUGGUUCAUUGCUUUCCCCGCAGCUCAUGGCACGCAGAUUAAGCGAUGCCGGAGGAAUACGAAUGAUUAAAUAAGCGCCGCGUGACGUGCGCUCGCUGGGCCGAAACACGCGAUCGAUGUUAAAUCGAUCUCCGGCGAGUAAACAGUUCGAGCCCUUAUUUUCCGCCGACGUUACA